AGUGUUUGGCGCGGCGAGUCAUGCUGCAACUCGAUUCUGCUGUCGCGACUCUGGUUGCGAGCAUCUGAGGCAAAGACGGACCCGAUUAGCCAAGCAGCUGCCACAGGGCCUGAUGCGCCCCUCUGAUUCGCAGCCAUGAGAGAGCUCUCGUCAUCCUUUUGCUCUCCUGCGUCACCCUGCCACCCUGCCACCCUGCCCCUCCAGCCCAGUUGACCGCAGGCUGCUUGUUCCACGACCCUCUCCCAACACGUCGCAGCAUACAAAUCCACACCACACCCCCCGCCCCGCAGCAAUGGUCCAAAACGCCCUCUUGCCCAAGCCCAUCCCCGCCGAUGCCGUCACCGUCGGCCAGCUGCUCACGGACCCCGUCCACCCAGAGCGCGACUCUUUCUACCCCGACAAGGCCCACUCGGCAGUCGAUGACCUGAACGAUUUCCACAUCCAGCUCCGCUACAAGGAUCUCUACUCAGUCGACACCGAGGGCCGUUUCAUGACAAACUAUGGCGCCAAAUUCGAUCUCGGACGGAUAUACAGACAGCCCAACCUGCUCACUGUCAAGGCUGAGCAGAUGGUCCAAUGCACCACCCAGAGCCCUACAAAGGCCUUCGAGGCCGUGUGCAGCGAUGCCGAUGCCCGCGCCUGGAUGGCCGAACAGAUCCAAGCAGGAAAGCCGCUGUACAUUGUUCUUGGUCUGACCGAACUCAAGAAUGCCACCUUCAAGCGCGCCAAGCUCCGUGACGCCGGCGCCUCUAACCGCCUCAACGAGUUGCCUCUCGACAAGGAUGCCAAGGUCCCCCCUUCUCUGCGCGGAAGAACUGGAGCCAGCCUGGGGGCAAUUGGCACCGAGCCCUUGAUAUCAGGCGUCUUCGGCAUGGACGUGAGGCGCAUUGUCGCCAGACUCACCACCCCCGCAGAGCCACAUCGCCUCGAGGAUAUUGGAUACCGAUGGUCCUACUACGACGUCCCCGGUUCCGCCAACAAGGAGCAAUUGGCAGUUGGUCUAGGCCAGUCGCUCAAGGCCAAUGAACUGCGCCUCAUGCUCGACCUCAGCAAAGAAGACGUCCAGGAUAAUCUCGAUGCCAUAAGCAAGCUCAGUCUCGAUGCAAUGAGCGCUACGGCUAGUCCCAUGCUCAAGCCUAGCACUCCCAUGCUACGCGGACGAUCACCUUCCCCGCACCCCGCCAUGCUCCGCUCAUAGCAUCACCCGACCAACAUGUACCCCGCAACAAGCCGUGUCUGAUGGUGUUGACUUUACGUCUUUGUUGGAAAAAUUAGACUCUGAUGGAUGCUCUUGCCGUGAACCAUGACCCUUACGAUCUGGCAUCUAUUCUUAUGUAAUAAUCAUAUACGCAUCAAGUCCAUUCUUGCUGGUCUCUUGACAUGUCAGUGCAUACAUUGGCGAGAAUACAUUUCAUCUUUUUGUCGCACA